AUGAAAAUCAUUCUAGUCUUUCUAUUCAUUGCCCCACUUGCUCUUUCAGCUAGAGCUGAGAAGGAUUAUUCCUCCUUUGAUUCCGCUGCAUCUCCCGAGACAAAAUCAAGAUUUGCCAUGCUAGAUGACGUCCGAAUCUUAGCCAAUGGACUCCUCCAGCUUGGCCAUGGUCUUAAAGACUUUGUCCAUAAGACAAAGGGGCAGAUGAAUGACAUCUUUCAAAAACUUUACAUUUUUGAUAGGUCCUUUUAUGAGCUCUCACUGCAAACUAGUGAAAUCAAAGAAGAAGAAGAACAGCUCAGACAAACUACAGCCAGACUGCAAAUCAACAAUGAAGAGAUAAAGAAUCUCUCACAGGAGAUGAAUUCGAAGAUUGAAGACCUCAUACAAAACAAAAUCCAGCUGCAAGAGAAAGUAUGGGGACUGGAAGACAAAGUCACAAAACUGGCCAUUAUCCAGCCUUCCAUGCAAGAGACAAAAGAAAUUUCUUCACUCAAAGCUUUCGUGGAGCAGCAGGACAACCACAUCAAGCAACUUCUCAAAAUCGUAGAGGACCAGCACGUGCAACUCGACAGACAGCACAAUCAAAUAAUGGAGCUGGAAGACAAGUUUGGGGGUGUCGAGGAGGGUAUAAACAAUUUUGACGGCAAACAGGUACCUCUUUGGCUAAACCACAUAGAGCUCCAGGAACUUGCGGAGAACUCCUUCACGGGGGAGCAAACAGAACCAGAAGCCAUCCCCUUUCCUGUGCACAAUGCCACAGCUGUAACAUACAAAUCUGAUGGUGCCGCUCCUGACUGCACUGCUCUUUAUAACAGCGGCAUGAGGUCCAGUGGUGUUUACACUAUUAAGCCCAACGGCUCAGAAGCUUUCAAUGUCUACUGUGAAAUGAAACUCGGCAGUUCCUGGACCGUAAUCCAGAAAAGAGUGGAUGGAUCACUAGAUUUCAACCAAACCUGGGAUGCCUAUGCAAAUGGUUUUGGUGAUCUCAAUGAGGAAUUCUGGCUAGGCCUGAACAAGACCUAUUCCAUUACUAAACAAGGGGACUACAUCUUACGGAUUGAGCUGCAGGACUGGAAAGAUAAUAAACGUUACAUCGAGUAUGCGUUCAGCUUGGGAGGCCCUGAAACAGACUACACUCUCCAGCUCUCACGGGUCUCCGGGAGCAUCCCCAACGCGCUGCCGGAGCAGACAGAACUGCGGUUCUCAACCGCAGGCCGUGACGUGGACAUAAUAAAUGACUUCAACUGUCCAGAAAACUACCUAGGUACCAGCUGGUGGCACAGUGAAUGUGAGGAAACCAAUCUUAACGGGAAAUACGUCGCACCAAGGUCAAGAGGAAGACUAGACAGGAGAAAGGGCUUAUACUGGAAGCCUAAGAAAGGAAGAUACUAUUUGCUCAAGUCAACCAAAAUAAUGAUACACCCAACAGAUUUAAAAAGUUUUGACUGA